AUGUAUGUGUUUGCUUUUCUAGUGAUAUGCAGCUUUCGAGGAUCUGUCCCUCAAGGCUUGGUCCUAGAAAUUGGAGAAACAGUCCAGAUUCUUGAGAAGUGUGAAGGUUGGUACAGAGGUGUGUCAACAAAGAAGCCAAAUGUAAAGGGGAUAUUUCCUGCAAAUUACGUUCACUUGAAAAAGGCGAUUGUCAGUAACAGAGGGCAAUAUGAAACUGUGGUUCCACUGGAAGACUCUAUUGUGACCGAGGUCACAGCUACACUCCAAGAAUGGUCCAGUCUGUGGAAACAACUGUACGUGAAACACAAAGUAGAUCUUUUCUACAAACUACGCCAUGUGAUGAAUGAGCUAAUUGACCUGCGAAGGCAGCUACUAUCGGGCCACCUGACUCAAGACCAGGUGCGGGAAGUGAAACGGCAUAUCACCGUGCGUCUGGACUGGGGUAACGAACAUUUGGGCCUGGACCUGGUACCUCGAAAGGACUUUGAAGUAGUGGACUCGGAUCAGAUUAGUGUCUCGGACCUCUAUAAAAUGCACCUAUCUAGCCGGCAGAGUGUGCAGCAGAGUACCUCCCAGGUGGAUACGAUGCGGCCCCGUCACGGGGAAACCUGUCGGAUGCCGGUGCCACAUCACUUCUUCCUGAGCCUGAAAAGCUUUACCUACAACACCAUUGGGGAGGACGCAGACGUCUUCUUUUCCCUGUAUGACAUGAGAGAAGGCAAGCAGAUCAGUGAGCGGUUUCUGGUGAGACUGAACAAGAAUGGUGGGCCAAGGAACCCAGAGAAGAUAGAACGAAUGUGUGCCCUUUUUACAGAUCUGAGCAGCAAAGAUAUGAAGAGGGAUUUAUAUAUAGUUGCCCAUGUGAUCCGAAUAGGCCGGAUGCUCCUGAAUGACUCAAAGAAGGGCCCCGCGCACCUGCAUUACCGGCGACCCUAUGGCUGUGCGGUACUGAGCAUCCUGGACGCCCUGCAGCCCCUCGCAGAAGUAAAGGAAGAAAAGGAUUUUGUGCUUAAGGUGUACACGUGCAACAAUGAAAGCGAGUGGCCCCAGAUCCACGAAAACAUCAUCCGGAAGUCCAGCGCCAAGUACUCGGCCCCCAGCGCCAGCCAUGGUCUUAUCAUUUCUCUGCAGCUUCUCCGUGGAGACAUGGAGCAGAUGCGGAGAGAAAGCCCCAUGAUAUUCAGUAGGGGAUUGGCCGUCACAAGGAAACUGGGAUUUCCUGAUGUCAUCAUGCCAGGUGAUAUCCGCAACGACCUCUACCUGACCCUGGAGAAGGGGGAUUUUGAGAGAGGGGGAAAGAGCGUGCAAAAGAAUAUCGAAGUCACCAUGUAUGUGCUCUACGCAGACGGAGAAAUCUUAAAGGACUGCAUCAGCUUGGGGUCGGGAGAGCCCAAUAGGAGCUCCUACCACUCCUUCGUCCUCUACCACAGUAACAGCCCUCGCUGGGGGGAGAUCAUCAAACUGCCCAUCCCCAUCGACCGUUUCCGCGGCUCCCAUCUGCGCUUCGAGUUCAGACAUUGUUCCACCAAGGACAAAGGGGAAAAGAAGCUCUUUGGCUUUGCGUUCUCUCCCCUGAUGCGGGACGACGGUACCACGCUCUCUGAUGACACCCAUGAGCUCUACGUGUACAAGUGUGAUGAGAACAGCACAUUUAACAACCAUGCGCUGUACCUGGGCCUGCCCUGCUGCAAAGAAGACUACAACGGCUGCCCCAACAUCCCCUCCAGCCUCAUCUUCCAGCGCAGCACCAGAGAGUCCUUCUCCAUCUCCACCCAGCUCUCCUCUACCAAACUCACCCAGAACGUGGAUCUCCUAGCUCUGCUGAAGUGGAAGGCCUUCCCGGACCGAAUUAUGGAUAUCCUAGGGCGACUUCGGCAUGUGAGUGGGGAGGAAAUUGUUAAGUUUCUGCAGGACAUCCUAGAUACGCUCUUUGUGAUUUUGGAUGACAACACAGAGAAGUACGGCCUGCUGGUUUUUCAGUCUCUGGUGUUCAUCAUCAGCCUGCUCCGAGACAUCAAGUAUUUCCACUUCCGGCCGGUGAUGGACACGUACAUCCAGAAGCACUUUGCUGGAGCCCUGGCGUACAAAGAGCUCGUUCGCUGUUUGAAGUGGUACAUGGACUGCUCAGCAGAACUGAUCCGGCAGGACCACAUCCAGGAAGCCAUGCGGGCCUUGGAGUACCUUUUCAAGUUCAUCGUCCAGUCCCGUAUCCUCUACUCCCGGGCCACCUGUGGGAUGGAGGAGGAGCAGUUCCGGUCCAGCAUCCACGAGCUUUUCCAGUCCAUCCGGUUUGUGCUCAGUCUGGACAGCAGGAACUCUGAAACACUCCUGUUCACUCAGGCCGCACUCCUGAACUCUUUCCCCACCAUCUUCGAUGAGCUGCUGCAGAUGUUCACCGUGCAGGAGGUGGCCGAGUUCGUGAGAGGGACACUGGGGAGCAUGCCCAGCACUGUGCACAUCGGGCAGUCCAUGGACGUGGUGAAGCUGCAGUCCAUCGCCAGGACUGUGGACAGCCGCCUGUUCUCCUUCUCCGAGUCCCGGCGCGUCCUGCUCCCCGUGGUCCUCCAUCACAUCCACCUGCACCUCAGACAGCAGAAGGAGUUGCUGAUCUGCUCGGGGAUUCUAGGCAGCAUCUUCUCCAUCGUCAAGACCAGCUCUCUGGAGACAGACGUCCUCGAGGAGGUGGAGAUGAUGGUGGAGAGCCUCCUGGACGCGCUGUUGCAGACUCUGCUCACCAUCAUGAGCAAACCGCACGCUCAGGAGGCGGUAAGAGGGCAGCGCUGCCCGCAGUGCACAGCGGAGAUCACUGGUGAGUACGUGUCCUGCCUUCUCUCGCUGCUCCGCCAGAUGUGUGACACCCAUUACCAACACCUCCUGGAGAACUUUCAGAGCAAAGAUGAGCUCAAGGAGUUCCUGCUGAAGAUCUUCUGUGUGUUCCGGAACCUCAUGAAGAUGAGUGUCUUCCCUCGGGACUGGAUGGUGAUGAGACUGCUCACGAGCAACAUCAUUGUUACCACGGUGCAGUACCUGUCCUCAGCACUGCACAAGAACUUCACCGAGGCCGACUUCGACUUUAAGGUGUGGAAUUCGUACUUCAGCCUCGCGGUUCUGUUCAUAAACCAGCCAAGCCUCCAGCUGGAAGCUGUCGCUUCAGCCAAGAGGAAGAAGACCCUGGAUAAGUAUGGGGACAUGCGUGUGAUGAUGGCUUACGAGCUGUUCAGCAUGUGGCAGAAUUUGGGUGAACAUAAGAUCCACUUCAUUCCCGGGAUGAUUGGCCCUUUUUUGGGUGUGACGCUGGUCCCACAGCCAGAAGUGCGGAAUAUCAUGAUCCCUAUCUUUCACGACAUGAUGGACUGGGAACAGAGGAAAAACGGCAACUUCAAACAGGUGGAAGCCGAGCUGAUUGACAAGCUGGACAGCAUGGUCUCAGAAGGCAGAGGCGAUGAGAGCUACAGGGAGCUCUUCAGCCUGCUAACCCAGCUGUUUGGGCCCUACCCCAGCCUGCUGGAGAAGGUUGAGCAAGAGACAUGGCGUGAGACCGGCAUUUCCUUUGUGACCUCGGUCACCCGCCUCAUGGAGCGUCUCCUGGACUACAGGGACUGCAUGAAAGGAGAGGAGACAGAGAACAAGAAGGUCGGCUGCACCGUGAACCUAAUGAACUUUUACAAAUCUGAGGUCAACAAGGAAGAAAUGUACAUCCGCUACAUCCACAAGCUCUGUGACAUGCACUUGCAGGCAGAGAACUACACGGAGGCCGCAUUCACCCUGCUCCUCUACUGUGAGCUGCUGCAGUGGGAAGACCGGCCACUGCGGGAGUUCCUCCACUACCCACCCCAGACGGAGUGGCAGCGGAAAGAGGGACUAUGCCGGAAGAUCAUCCACUACUUCAACAAGGGCAAGAGCUGGGAGUUUGCGAUCCCGCUGUGCCGGGAGCUGGCCUGCCAGUAUGAGAGCCUCUACGACUACCAGAGCCUCAGCUGGAUCCGGAAAACGGAGGCCAGCUACUACGACAGCAUCAUGGAGCAGCAGCGCCUGGAGCCCGAGUUCUUCAGGGUGGGCUUCUACGGCAGGAAGUUCCCCUUCUUCCUUCGGAACAAGGAGUACGUGUGCCGAGGCCAGGACUACGAGCGGCUGGAGGCCUUCCAGCAGAGGAUGCUCAGCGAGUUCCCGCAGGCCGUGGCCAUGCAGCACCCAAACCACCCUGAUGACGCCAUCCUGCAGUGCGACGCCCAGUACUUACAGAUCUACGCGGUGACCCCCAUCCCAGACCCCGUGCACGUCCUGCAGAUGGACAGGGUGCCUGACCGGGUCAAAAGUUUCUACCGCGUCAACAACGUGAGGAAAUUCCGGUACGACCGGCCUUUUCACAAAGGCCCCAAGGACAAGGAGAAUGAAUUCAAGAGCCUGUGGAUCGAACGCACCACCCUGACCCUGACCCACAGCUUGCCCGGCAUCUCCAGGUGGUUCGAGGUGGAGCGGCGGGAAUUGGUGGAGGUGAGCCCUUUGGAGAAUGCCAUUCAAGUGGUUGAAAACAAGAACCAGGAGCUGCGGGCCCUCAUCAGCCAGUACCAGCACAAGCAGGUGCACGGGAAUGUCAACCUGCUCAGCAUGUGCCUGAACGGGGUCAUCGACGCUGCCGUCAAUGGGGGCAUCGCACGCUACCAGGAGGCCUUCUUCGAUAAGGAUUACAUCACCAAGCACCCCGGAGACGCGGAGAAGAUCACCCAGCUCAAGGAGCUCAUGCAGGAACAGGUCCAUGUCCUGGGUGUCGGACUGGCAGUACACGAGAAGUUUGUCCACCCAGAAAUGCGGCCUCUGCACAAGAAGCUCAUCGACCAGUUCCAGAUGAUGCGGGCCAGCCUGCACCACGAGUUUCCAAGCUUGGACAAGCUAAGUCCCGCGUGCUCAGGCGCCAGUACACCCCGGGGAAACGUCCUGGCUUCCCAUAGUCCCCUGAGCCCCGAGAGCUUCAAGAUGACCCACCGGCACAGCCCCAUGACGUUGAUGGGCACUGGCCGGCACUCGUCGUCCUCUGUGUCCUCACACGCGUCCAGCGAGGCCGGGAACGUGGUGAUGCUGACUGACGGCACCGUGGGCGAGGCCCCCGAGGAGCUGUACCACCACAUGCAGCUCACGUACCCCAGCCCCAGGCACCAGGGCUCGGCCUCCAACGUGUCUGUGCUGUCCUCGUCCCAGGCGAGCCCUUCCUCCUCCAGCCUGAGCUCCACCCACUCCGCGCCGUGCCAGAUGGUCACCUCUGCCCCCUCGAGUGCCCGAGGCUCUCCCUCUCUGCCAGAUAAGUACCGCCAUGCCCGGGAGAUGCUGCUGCUGCUUCCCACACACCGGGAUCGCCCGAGCAGCGCCAUGUACCCAGCAGCCAUCCUGGAGAACGGACAGCUGCCCAGUUCCCAGCGGGCCCUGUUCCAGCAAGUGGUGGGAGCCUGCAAACCCUGCAGCGACCCCGACCUGUCUGCGGCUGAAAAAGGUAUCAUUGACCCCCUGCCCGUGCCCAUCCUGAGGGUCUCUCUCCUGUUCCUGAGCACCAGCUGGCCAGGGCUGAGCCACCGGCCCCACUCCCCAGGGUCGGUCUGUCUGUCCAGAGUCCCGGCCGAGGCCUGUGCACAGUGUUUCCACCUUCAGCUGCGUGGCGCUCGUUUGUCUGCCUCUCUCCCUCCACAAGGCUUCCCCUCACAGCUGCCCCAGCGGCCCCCGCCUGAGCUCACACCUGCCAAGCCUGCCUGA